CGGGAGGGGGGCGGGGUAAAAGCUGGCGGUAGGCGGAAGUCGCGCGCAGUCACCUCAGCUUGGCGUCGUUCGGAGCUCCGAACAUGGCGGGUAUCAAAGCUCUCGUGGCGCUGUCCUUCAGCGGAGCCAUCGGGCUGACGUUCCUCAUGCUGGGCUGCGCCCUGGAGUAUUACGGUGUAUACUGGCCUCUGUUUGUCUUAAUAUUUUACUUCAUCUGCCCCAUUCCCCACUUCAUUGCAAAAAGAGUAAGUGAUGACAGUGAUGCAGCCAGCAGUGCCUGCAGGGAAUUGGCAUAUUUCUUCACAACUGGAAUUGUUGUUUCUGCCUUUGGAUUUCCUAUAAUCCUUGCACGGGUCGAAGCGAUCAAAUGGGGAGCCUGUGGUCUGGUGCUGGCUGGCAAUGCAGUCAUUUUCCUUACUAUUUUAGGCUUUUUUCUUGUGUUUGGUAGAGGAGAUGACUUUAGCUGGGAACAGUGGUAGGACAUCGCUCUGAUGCUGGUAAUAUUUUACAGCAUGUAUCACCGUAUGUAUACUCUGUGUGUGUAUAUGUGUAAAUAUUAACAUAUGUGUGUGUGCACGCUGAGAUGUAUGUAUGUGCAUCUGCAUGUAAUUUUACAUUAUCAGAUCAUAACAUGCUUUUUUAAAAAAUGUAUUUCAGCCAAAGGGACAAGGCCCUUGUGACAGCUGUCUUAAUGUAUUCAGUAAAAGCUGCAAUCACUGUUGCAAAUUUAUCCCCAAAUAAGUUUACAAGACAUAAGCUUUUUUACUAUUUUUUUUUCACUCUCAUGCAUUAACUUUUGUUUUAAUCACAGUACUAUCAUUGAUACACAUGAUGUUGGUUUUUUAACUAUGUUAUCAAAAUAGGGCAAUAUAAAGAUUAUCCUACUCGGUAUUGUUCAACUUGAUUGAUCUUUCUGCUUUGAUUAGGGAUGAAUAAGUACUUUUCAUUUGAGUAAUUAAUUUUAGUAUUUUUUCUUGAUGACAUAAAACCAAGUAUAGGUUAUGCCCACUCUUUUACUACCUAAUGAAAGCAAAACAAAAUAACACUGUUUAAAAAAUCUUUCUUCCAUUUAUGAUGCUAAUUAAAAAAAUUCUUCUUCCCCCAAGAUACUCAGGUGUUGUCCCUAUUCAACUCAACAACUGUGGGUAUAUUUUGGGAAUAAUAUACCUUAAUGCCUCUUUAAUGGUUAGAGCUGAUGUUACUUCUAUUAUGAAGGUUCACAAAAGAAGAAACUAUGCUCUGGACACUUACAAUCCCAAUGUAGUAUACAACUCUGUAUUCUUAUGUGUGAAAUGCCCAAAUUGCAGAGAAGUGAGUGUUCUGCUGGAUAGGACUUAUCUCCUCAGUUCUCAUUGCUUUUAAAACAUACUUAUUCAGCUACUAUUUUUUUCUGCAAAAAGAGAUUGUUAUAUUAAAACACUAUAUUUUUAAAUGGCAUUACUCUAGUAAAGAUUCAUGUAAUCACACUUAUAAAAGUUAACUUUAUUACUGGUCUGACUUGCUGAAUCCUGCAAAUUGUGAGGCAUGUAGUUUUCUAAAACUGCAUUCUGAGACAACCCUAACUCUAGAAGCCAUUUCAGUAAUCUGCAAAGGGGUAAAGGAAGAAACACCUUAGUUUAUUCUUUCCUAGAAAAAUGGACAUAAAGAGGUUUCUGCUCUGUGAAGUUAAAAGCUGAAUUCCUGUGUAGGGUAUGUUUUACCAUUGCAAGUUCAUUAGACUAGCAGAUUGCAAAUGAGUUUUUUAUAGUUGUGUGAGUUAGUUCACAGCUGACUGCUAUUGCCCUGUAUAGCUAUGAGGGCCAUUGUAUAAGGAGGUCAUAGAAUCCACCCUACAAGAUGUGGCAGCUUCACCAACACAGUGCUUUUUUCCCCCUAAAUUGUAUGGAACUACUUAUGCUGCUCUCCAAACUCCCUCAAUAGUCCUGUACUACAGAAUGGUGUCCUGUGGAUUGCUGUGCAGAGCAAAAGUUCAAAAAUAAUGAACGUUACAUGAGCGUUCUGAUAUUGGGUCUUUUGUUCAUGCUCAGUGCCCUAGAAAAAGGGUACAGAAAUCAUUCUGUGGUCCAAGUAAUGUAAUACACUUAAGUAGGAAUGGAAGGUUAACUACAUGUUUUAAAUUUAAAUUUCAGAUGUGUGUAAUUGCUCAGUGCUGAGGAAUGCUGAGUAGCUGUGUCUUAUACUGAGGUGUGUCCAGGCUGUCAUUCUUGUAAAAGAAUUAACAUUAAAUGCCAGGGUCUUUUUUCUGGACGUUAAUGCUUUAUCAAAGACAUAGCAGGAACAUGCUUGUAAAGAUGCUCUGCAUAAGCAAGUUCUUUUACAGUGUUUUCUUCCUGACUUAGAUGAAAUCUGUUGGAGCCUACUGAUUUGUAAAGUACCACUGGGGAAAUUAUUUCUUCUAAUUAUGAGGCAGGUUGUUUAGAGUAAUCAUAGUUUCAGUGUAUAAUUCCUGCUUUCAUUUUUUAAGAAGCUGGGUUUUUCUCAUACCGUGGCAUUUUUUCAUUCAAAUUGGUGAAGUAAAACAGCAAAAAUAAUACACAAUUUAAGUGCCUGAUCCUGUAAAUGCCUAAAGUCAUUGCUAACAAUUCUAUUUAACUCCUUUUAAAGUAGCCAUGUGCUUACAGGGUUAGGUUCUUCAGGAUUGUUACUCCAUAGAAUUUAUGUACCAAAGGCUGCAACAGAAGUCUACAAAACUACUCAGUUACUGAUGAAAUUUUGCUUUCAAGAGAGUGGUGUGAAAAACAGCUGAGACUAAUUAUUUUUUAGAGAUCCACAAUUUGCAGAAUCUGUUCUAGAUCUGUUGGUAAAUGUGUCCUUGUGGCUGAUUGGGAUACAGGCAGUGAACAUAUGACAAUCUAAAAUGAAAAGGAGGACUAGAAAGUACAGUCUGAAAGAGAGGUUGCUGCUUUGAUAAAUUUUUCUUUUGUACUGUAUUUCCUUUGAUGUUACUGUGGUUGGUGGGUACCUCAUGAAAUGGCAGGUAAAUGUUGGAGAAAGUCAAUGCUUUUUUUUUCCUUCUUUUGAAGCAGCUACAUGCACUAAUCCUUAAUGUGAAAUUCAUGCGGUUUUCACCAUGGACUUUUAUUUUAAAAUGUUUAGCUUUAAAAAUUGUGUUUAACGAUGUUUAAAUCAUGGAAAUCUUCCUUGACCUCUUUAAAAGUAAAUUUGCUUGAAUGAGUCUUCGAUAUCAAAUAGUCAGGGUAAAAAAAAUUUUCAAUGCUUUUUUUUUUUAUCAAGAGCUUCACUCAUUCACACAAACCUGGUGCUUUGAUGGCCAGUACUGGGCAUACCAUCGCUAUCUACCAGUAGCAAUUCACUGGGAUUUCUCUGAAGUUGUUUUCCUAUAUGGAAGCGAAUACUAUGUAUCCAAAGUGCCUUAAUUUCAAUACUAUGCUAAUUUUCAUGAAUGCAUACACAUGGCAGUAUCGCUGUGUUUCAUAAUCAGGUGAAAAUCUGUUACUGCAUUUUAUAAAGCUUCCUUGUCAACUGAUCAUGUUUUCUGUAAUUUGGAAUGCAGUGCAGCUUUUGUAACUUUUGUAAACACUAUUUUUAUUUUCUGUGAUCACCAGAUUCUUGAGAGAAUGAAGUAUUAAAACAUGAAAAUAAAAACAUAUUGUACUUUGCUUUUUGAAUUGUCUAAUAAAAUCUGACUUUUUGAAUUGUCUAAUAAACAUUUCUGAUGCUUAA